AUGUGCGCCGGCAAGGGCCGCGAGCCAUCCAACCAAACCUACGCGCUCUCAUACAACCAGUGUGUAAAUGCUAACCAGAAAUUCGUUGCAGCCGGAAGCAUUGCCGCCAUGCUGGCCGCAGGCGGGUCGGCCGGGGCGUUGAUAGCAGCGCCCUUCGCCGAUUUUCUCGGACGCAAGAAGUCAAUGACUGUCUUCGCAACCCUCUUCCUCAUCGGUGCCACGAUGCAAGAGAUUGCUCAUUUGCCCUCGUUCUACGCCGGGCGCUUCAUUGCCGGCCUGGCCAUUGGAGGAACCAGCAUGUUGGCACCACAAUACCUUGGCGAGAACUCUCCAAAGUCGAUCCGUGGCUCCCUUACGACAUCCUACAACUUGUGUAUCAUAUUGGCUCUGAGCUUGGCGUUCUGGACAAAUUACGGUGUAUCGCUGUGGCCUGUGUCGAGCAAUCUGCAGUGGAAGCUGGCCUUGGGGAUUCAGAUAAUACCAGGAGGCUGCAUGUUUCUGAUGCUGUGGUUCGUCAUCGACACGCCUCGGGCUUUGAUCGCGAAGGGGAAGAGGGAAAAGGGCCUUGCCAACCUCUGCAAGUUGCGGAAUCUCCGUUCGGAGCACCCGUAUGUGGCUCAGGAAUACAUGGAAGUCUGCGCUCAAGUUGACUCUGAGCAGGAACUCACAAAAGGAUCGAACUACUGGGUGGUCAUCAAAGAUAUCGCCACGAUCCCAAGCAACUCCCGUCGAUUCUUCCUCGCGACCUUCCUGUUUCUUUUCCACAAGUUCACCGGUACCGACGGCCUGAACUAUUUUGCGCCAGAGAUUUUCGAAAUGAUCGGGGUGCAGUCGGGCUCUUUGUCUCUGCUGACCACGGGCGUAUACGGCCUGGUCAAGCUAGCAACCACGAUCAUCUAUGUUGCCUACAUUGUGGAUCGUGUUGGAAGAAGGCGUCCGCUUCUGGUUGGCGCCGUGCUUCAAGCGACAGCCAUGCUGUACAUUGCUCUGCACAUCAGAUUUGCGAAGCCUGACUCCACGGGAGGCACACCGGCUGGAGGAAUCGUGGGUAUCAUUUGGGUCUACAUUUACGCUUUUGGAUGGUCGUUCGGGUGGUCAGUUGCACCUUACGUUGUGGCUGCCGAGAUAUUCCCUGCACGAAUACGCUCUUUCUCCAUGUCGAUUUGCUUCUUCAUUAACUGGAUCGUCGACUAUGGAAUUACCAAGGCUACACCGAGCAUGAUGACUCAUAUGGGAUGGAGCACGUUCCUUCUUUAUGCAGUCUUGACUUAUAUCGGUGCCGUGUUUGUGUAUUUCUGUAUGCCAGAGUUCAAGGGUCGAUCUAUCGAGUCCAUGGAUGAUCUCUUCCAGCAUUCCAUCUGGUCAAUGUGGCGGCACGCAUACCCGACAGAGGAAGAGAAGGUCCGCCACGAUGUGCAGGAGCAUGUACUUCAAAAGGCGAGAGACGAGGAGGAAGGCGGGCACGAGACCAAGAAGCCUGAAGUCACGGUCGUCCAUCAGGAAUGA